AGUUCCUACUUGUGUAGUUCUCGUGUCAGAAGUAGUAGUGCCAGUUCAAGUUUAAGUAUCAAAAUAACUACGCUUGCUUGCAUCGCGCCGUUUCAUUCGUACGCACCUAAUUUUUUCGACUCGUCGUGGCUACCUCUACCAGCACUUCUAUAAUUUGUCUUGCAUGAAGACCACGAACCCGGACGCCUCGUCCACGAUCGCUUCAAGAAGAUGUUGCCGGAAGACCUGAACCCGGGGAACCGUGACUACAAAACCGUGCCGCUUCUUUCCGCAGACGAGCAAAACCGGAAUCAAGAAAGGGAAGGCCACAACGACCUCUCUGGCGCAGCUUCUAGUAGUUCCAGACCUGCUAGAGGUAACGACACCUCCGACGUGGGUCCUUCAACAUCCGUCGCAAGCGCGGCCAACACCCUAUCCACAGAAAAAAACCCAUCCACAUCCAUUUUUUGCAUGACAAACACAUCCAUUUUAAGUUUAUAAACGAAUGGGACGCCCUGCCCUUAGCCUUCCAACAUGACAAACACAUGAUUUGAUACGUGUUCUGCAUGACAAAUUGGAUACGGAUGGGUUUUUUUCUGUGGAUACACCCACACUUCCGACGAUACCCGGCGGACGAAACAGAACAUAUCAAAUGUAAAAAUGUCUGGGUCUGGAAGAAUGCAACUUGUGAUGCUGCAUUUGGAUGUCUAAGAAAUUUGUGUUGCGUGAGCAGCAAAAGGAGUCUAAUUGUUGGUACGCGGAGAGGGCAUUUGUCAUGCGGAAUAGGCAUCAAGAAUCCCUGAAAAAGAUUGUGAUGCUAGGGCAGGCAUCACAGACAUCAUGGCUCAUGCAAACCGUUCAUGACAAGUCUCAGAAUCUUCCAGACCCAGACAUUUUUGCAUUUGAUAGAACACGAAUACCAGCAAGUCCGGUGGUAAUUUAUUCCCAGUCGGGGGCGAAUCUUCUGCCGCCGGAUCAUCUAGUAGCUCCUCGUCCUCUUCGAACAGUUCUUCCAGUAAUCGCGAACCCCCCUUGGACAAGCGGAACAAGGACGUCGAACGGAAAAAACAUUAUUUUCAAAAUUUUUCACAAGAGUGUCACUGUAAUCAAACUAGCAGCUUAUCUCAGUGCGUCCUGUUGUUUAUCAGGGUUUUGCUCAGUUCAAAAUCAAAAAUUUCCAUUGCAAAACCACACUGAUGUCUGAGUAGGUGCCGAAGCUCAUGCUGUAGAGCAAGUUGCAAUCUUUUGUCUGACAAAACCGCAAACCCUUUUCAUCAAAAUGUUGUUUCUACUCUAAGUAUGCCUUUUUCUUGAAGAUCUGCCGCGUAUCGAGAAUUGCUUGGCGUUUGCUGCUCAUACAGCAUAAAUUUCAUUUCAGCAGCGGUGUCAUAGUAGGCACGCAAUUUUGCAGGUAGUAGAACGCGAAGAACCAGAAGACCUGUAAUAUACAACUCGCACGACACUGCAGACAAUGUCGCGUCUUCAGUUUUCAGCCACAUAGCUCGAAGUUGGAAAAGCGACAGAGUUC